AUGAAGUGGCUGGGUGCCGGCGGCGAGGGAGAUGGCGGCGCGCUGAAAGCGGAGAUGGACAGGGGCGGGCAACAGCAGCAGCAGCAGGCGGGGGGGCAGCAGGGGGGCGGGCCGCACCACCGCACGCAGGACGACGCCGCCGUCGGGUACAUCUUCCAGCGGCCGCCCGAUCCCGAGUUCCCGCCCUUCGGGCCGAAGCAGCUGAGGUGGGCUCACGGGGACGACAGCAUCAUCGAUAACCACGACAAAUGGAAAUACCCGAUGGUGAACACCAAAAUAUCCACCCCGCCAAAUGGUAACGGCCCAUCGCCGUACGACAUGUCACAGCAGCAGCAGCAACACACCAAAUCCAUGCUGCAGCACCAGCAGCAGCAGCUGCAGCAGCACCACGAGCACCUCGUCUACAUGCCCAACCAGUUGCUGGCCCACGCCGGGGGCAUGCCGAUGCCGCCCCACGGGCAGUACUUGCCGCCCCCACCGCAGGCUGCCCAACAGUCGUUGGCGGCGCAGCAGUCGAUGGUGCAGCAGAUGAGGCACCAGUCGCAGGAAAUAUUCAGUUCCAGGCUCAUCACUUUCUAG